CAGCUCCGGUCCUGUGAUAACCUGGAAGAUGUUGCGCAAUCGCUUGUCGGUCAAGGCCAAGGGAGGAGUUUCACAAAUACCCCAGAGGACGCUGCCACCAUCGCUAGCGAGGAUGAAACUCUCACGCAGGCGGACCAGUUCGAAUCGGAGCUGGCAGGGAAGAUGAGCGAGCUCGUGUUGGACGGGUCUCGAAAAUUCAUCGGAGGAACGUCUAACCUGAUCUUCCUGCCGCCCGGAUCAGAGCUGAAUGAGUUCAAUCCGACUUUGGGUGGUCCAGGACUCGAUCUGCUACCUGAUUGUUCAGUUACUCAGUGGACAAGAGUGACCAGCGACGAAAGGCUGAUCAGCCAUCUCAUGACAAUGUACUUCACAUGGCAUUACCCUUUCUUCACGACUCUCGCCAAAGACCUGUUUUACCGCGACUAUGUUCGGGGGGUUCCCAGCCAGUAUUGCUCGACAUUGCUAGUCAAUGCGAUGCUGGCUCUUGGUUGUCACUUCAGCGACUGGGAAGGCGCUCGCGAGGACCCACGGAACUCCGCGACUGCUGGCGAUCAUUUUUUCAAAGAGGCCAAACGAUUGUUCUUUGAGAACGACGAACAUGCGAAUGCAAAGCUGUGCACUGUGCAAGCACUGGCUCUCCUGUCUGUCCGCGAGGCUGGCUGUGGCCGCGAAACCAAAGGCUGGGUCUACAGUGGAAUGAGCUUCCGGAUGGCUUUUGACCUAGGCUUGAACUUUGACUCAACCAGCCUCGGGGCGCGCAAUCUCAGUGAGGACGAAGUGGAUGCGCGAAGGAUCACUUUUUGGGGUUGUUUCCUUUUUGACAAGUAUGUAAUUGAUGACCCUGACAGAAGGCGUGCGGAGGCUAACCCUUGCAGGUGCUGGUCUAACUACCUGGGUCGUCAACCUCAGUUGGGUACAAGUAGCGGGAGCGUGCCGAUGGUGGAUAUCUUGCCUAACGAGGAAGCUGAACUGUGGUCGCCGUAUAUGGAUACCGGGGCUGGCCGUGAACAUACUCAGCCCUCGCGAAUCAGAACCGUUGCCUCCCAGGUCUUUCGUUUGUGUGAAAUCAAUGGUGAUCUGCUCGUGUUUUUCUACAACCCAGCUCCCAAGGAAAAGCCUACCACUAAACAGGCGGAACUCAAGAAGCUCAGCGAGAUUCACACCAGGCUCGAAGCCUGGAAGAAAGAGCUGCCAAAUGAACUCCGGCCACAGGAAGGCCAGCUCCCUCAGGCACUUCUUAUGCAGUAAGCUGAACCAUUGUUCUUAAUGCUUUAGAAGCACUAUCGCUGACCUCUCGAAGCAUGUUCUAUCAGCUCCUCCUCAUACAUCUAUAUCGCCCUUUCCUGAAGUACACCAAGUCCAACUCGCCGCUUCCUCACCAUAUUUCUCCUCGCAAGCUAUGCACGCAGGCGGCAUCUGCAAUUUCAAAGCUGCUAAGGAUGUAUAAAC